AUUGGACCGCCGGUUUCCCAGCUGCUCCGGUUCGGUGCCGCGGGCUGACCCAGCCCGGAUGUCUCGUCUCUUCCCGCCCUCCCUCGGACCUCCGACGCAGCGCCAGGCCGACCCGCAGCAGCAGCAGCAGUUGACCCACCGCGCCUCACGCACUCCACGCACACUGGAAGCCGGCGGGAGGAUGCUGCCGCUCGCUCCCGCGCAGAGCAGCUUCCUCCGCGGGGUUCGGCUGCAGGCGGCGGCGGCGCGGCUGUAGGAUGCACCGGACCGGACCUGGCGUGCUGGAGCGGGCCCGGCUGAGCUCGGCUGCUGCUCUCUUCCAUCCCCAUCUGUCCUGAUUCGGUUCUCCUGUUUUUCCUCCCGUCGCGGUGUUUUUGUUUCCAGGUCAGAACCAGCGUUUCCUGUGCGGCGCUUUGCACUAAACAUGGCCGGAGAUGGCGGCGCUCUGAAGGAUAUCAAUGAGAUUAAAUCCCAGUUCCGGACCAGAGAGGGCUUCUACAAGCUGCUCACCCUCUCCGACUCGCAGCAGCGGGGCGGCCUGCCGCGGGGCCCGGCCGCCGGAGCCACGCUGGGGCCCGGCGCAGGACCCGGACCGAUCCCCGGCGCAGGGGUCGGGCUGCUGCAGGGGCCCGGGGCCGCCGCAGCCUCGUCCUCCUCCAAUGCGGCGGCCAACUCCUCCCCGGCGGGCUUCCUGCCGCCUGUCCGGGUCUCCAUGGUGAAGCUGCAGCCCGAAGACCCGAGCGAGGAGUCGGAGCGGGUCUGCUUCAACAUCGGCAGGGAGCUGUAUUUCUACACCUACACCAACAUCAAGAAGGCCGUGGACCUCAGUAAACCCAUAGACAAGAGGAUCUACAAGGGGACCCAGCCGACGUGCCACGACUUCAACCAGUACUCGGCCACGGCGGAGAGCGUGGCGCUCAUCGUGGGCUUCUCCGCUGGCCAGGUCCAGUACCUCGACCCCAUCAAGAAGGAAACCAGUAAGCUCUUCAACGAGGAGAGGCUGAUCGACAAAUCCAAGGUGACGUGUCUAAAAUGGCUGCCCAAGUCGGAGAACCUGUUCCUGGCCUCCCACGCCAGCGGUCACCUCUACCUGUACAACGUGGAUCAUCCGUGUGGAACCACGGCUCCGCAGUACUCGCUGCUGCGGCAGGGCGAGGGCUUCGCCGUCUACGCCUGCAAGAGCAAGACGCCGCGCAACCCCCUGCUGCGGUGGGCGGUGGGCGAGGGCGGCCUGAACGAGUUCGCCUUCUCGCCGGACGGCGUUCACGUGGCGUGCGUGGGUCAGGACGGCUGCCUGCGCGUCUUCCACUUCGACUCCAUGGAGCUGCAGGGUGUGAUGAAGAGCUACUUCGGCGGGCUGCUCUGCGUUUCCUGGAGCCCCGACGGGAAGUACCUGGCCACCGGCGGCGAGGACGACCUGGUGACCGUCUGGUCGUUCGCCGAGAGCCGAGUGGUGGCGCGCGGCCACGGCCACAAGUCGUGGGUCAACGUGGUGGCGUUCGACCCCUUCACCACUUCGCUGGAGGACGACGAGCCGAUGGAGCUCAGCGGCAGCGAGGAAGACCUCCACCAGGGGGCGCAGAAUAACUCCACGCAUUUCGGCCGGGUGCGGACGAGCAGCACGCUGUCGCGGCUCUCGCGCCACAGCUCGAAAGGCGGCGGCUCGCCGUCCGUCACGUACCGCUUCGGCUCGGUGGGUCAGGACACGCAGUUCUGUCUGUGGGACCUGACGGACGACGUGCUGUACCCCCGCCUGCCCCUGUCCCGCGCCUUCACCAACACCUUCGGCCCCUCGCUGCCAAACUCCGGCAGCAGCGGGGUCAACAGCAGCUCUGGCGGCGGCGGCAUCGGCGGCGUGGAGGGGCACCAUCACCCGCCGGGCGCCAACACCGGCAGCGCCAACCCGCCUGCGCUCCCCCUGCUGCUGCCCCGCUCCCUGUCCCGCUCAAACUCCCUGCCCCACCCGGCGGUGGCGAACGCCUCCAAGGGUCCGGGCGCCUCCGAGGGCGGCGGAGGUGUGAGCGCAGGAGGGGGCGGCGGCGGCGGGGGCAACAGCGCCCCCUUCAGCAUCGGCCGCUUCGCCACGUUGUCCCUGCAGGAGCGCAAGUCGGACAAGUCCGGGAGCGGCAGCGUGGAGAAGGAGCACAAGCGCUACCACAGCCUGGGCAACAUCAGCAAGAGCAACGACAAGAUCAACGUCGCCCCCCGCAGCAACCGGCUGGACGGCGCCAAGGUGCUGGGCACGACGCUCUGCCCCCGCAUGCACGAAGUACCGCUGCUGGAGCCGCUGGUCUGCAAGAAGAUCGCACACGAGAGGCUGACCGUCCUGGUGUUCAUGGACGACUGCAUCAUCACAGCCUGCCAGGAGGGCCUGAUCUGCACCUGGGCGCGGCCGGGCAAGACGAACCUGGCAGCGCAGAACGGGAACUCUCCGAGCGGAACGGUGGUAUAGCUGGAGGACAAGCUUUGCACUCGUCCCUCAGUUUCAGUUCUCUGUUCCUCUUCUUGAACCUCCUUUUGGGGCCAACGACCAGAACCGAACCCUCAGUGUCUCUGGUCGCUGAAACUCUGAGGUGGAAAUUGACUCUGACCCUCCUGGACUUUCACUGGAGGAAAAUCUCAUAUUUAUUUCCAUUUUAUGCAAAACUUACAAGUCGGUAUUAGAGAACCGCGGUUAUGCAGGACAGUUUUGAGCUGGUGGUAUCUUACCUGCAGCAGACGGGAGUCAGAUUUCAGGUGAAAACUCUGAGAACAGGAAAUUUGACUGAAAUCCUUUAAAAUGCCCAAAUUUAUGUUUUAAAUGUGCUUAAAACUUUAACUUUUUACUUUAAGUUCAAUCUGUAGAAGCCAUUUGUUAUUACCAAGAUUUCCCCUGAUUGUCCAAACACAGAUCACCCUGACUGCUUCCUGCUGCUGGUUAGAUACUGACUGCUAACACAGAUGCCAGAAAAAGAAAGUACACCCUCUUUAACUAUUUAAAUCCAACCUCAGGGGAGAAACAUAUCAGGUGCAACACAGUCGUUACUUAUUACACAAAAACAAAUCCUAAAUAUACAAUCUGAGUGAUGAAAAAGUAAAUACACCCUUCGUUUACCGGAGUUUCAGCUGCAGUUUAAAAAUAACAAUUUAAAGAAUUCUGCUAUUGCAAUUUAGGAUCCAAAAUGUUUAUUUUCUUAUUUGCAUUUUUAUGUUUUUCUGACAUUGUAUAAAAUAAUCUUUGGCGGUUCAUAAAAAAUCUGCAGAAUGUGCCAAUUUUUUAAUCUAAUUAAUGGUCAAAAUAAUUUUUAUUUAUAGUAAUUGUUAGUUUCAGCUGAAGUUAAAUGGAAUAAUGUUGAAUCUGAAGCAUGGUGGAGGAGGAGUGAUGCUCUGGGCUCCAGGUCUGCUGGAACAAAUCUCAAAAGUUUCUCUGCUGUGAUCGGAUGAAGUUAGGUCAAGGGGUGUACUUAGUUUUUCCACAGUUUUUCUGUGUUAUUCUGCUCUCAGAUUAAGUUUGGACGUUCUCCCGGUGAAACCGAGCGUUCUCUCUGAGAAGCAAAACAAAAAUCUGGAGAGUUCAAAAUGGGUGUACUUUCUUUUUUCUUCAUGUUUUCAAUGAGAAACAGUUACAAAGUGACUCUCAGAUCAUGUGUUUUGUCUGGGUUUUAUACUUUCCUCCUCCAUCUUUGUGUCUGGUUGAGCGUUUCUCGGUUUGGUUGAGCUGGAUCCACACGCUGCAGCGUUCAGGACGAAUUCUCCGCCUUCUUUCUGCUCCUCUUCCUCAGCAAAGCCUCGGUUUCAUCGUGCAGCAAAGCCACGGCCGUUUGCUUUAUUUGUUUUUGCCACAGGACUGCGUAGUAAUUUAUACUGUAAAUAUUAAAAGCUCUAUAAACGCAAACGGGAGAAAAUGACUCUGCAGCGACAGAGGAGGGAAAAAAAACGAAGAUUAUUAAUAUAUGAAGAAGCUUCUAUUGUAUAAAAACUGUCUUCUGUUUAGGGAGCCUGAAAAUGUCACUGUGUUUUUAUUUGGUGUUUUUGUCAGAGCGGUCCUGGUUCAUCCUGCACACACACACACACACACACACACACACACACACACACACACACACACACACACACACACACACACACACACACACACACACACACACACACACACACACACACACACACACACGAGCCCGUCACGGUGUAGCAUCACUGUCACCUGAUCUGCCUCUUGCAACAUUUUGCACAUCCAAUAAAUCCACAGUGCACGGCUGCGAGCGUCGGAAACAGAAACCUUUAAAUCUGAAUCACUUCUGUUUGAAUUUAAGGUGCAGGUUAGAAGCCUUAAAGGGAGCCGGCCAGAGUUAUAAGCAAAAUAUGCCACAGCUUAGCAGCGCCACACUGAAAAAACACAAAAUAUUUCCAACUAUUUUUGCUUUAGUUUCUAGAGCAAAUUUCUUAAAUAAGAUAAAACUUACAAGUAACUUUUCAGCAACUUAUAGUGGUCAGUUAUUGCUUAAAGUUGCUAGUUGUAACUUCUAUUUUUAAAAUGUUUUGAUUUUUACAUUUUUGUUAAAACGUUCACCGUCAGUUUAUGAGACAUAAUUUGUGAAAAAAAUAUUUUCUCCCAGUUCUUGCAAGAAACAACCAAUCAGAGUCAGGAGGCGGGUCUUAGCGUUGUCAAUCAAGCUUUUAUGCGUCUCUGCUACCCUGAACAAGCAGAUUGUGUUGUCAAUGCUAAUGCUAGUUAGUAUAGCCACUGAUGACACCAGAUAAAUAAGUUUCUUUUAAUAGUAAAUUGUUUCUCUGCCUUUAGCACAUUUAGCAAUGACUACAUGAGGUUGAUUGACAGCGCUAAGAUCCUCCUCCUCGCUCUGAUUGGUUGUUUUUGGUGGUUUUCUUCAGACACCAAUAGCAUCUCGGAGGAGGAGGUCGACCUUUCCACAAAUUAUCUGCCUGAUAACAACCUGUUACAACAUGGUGACAGUUUUAGAAAAUAUGUAAAAAAUAUGAAAUUUUUGUAAAAUUUACACACUGCAGCUUUAAUAUUGAUGAAAAUAUUAAAGUUUAUUGUUGAGCAGGCAAAAUUAAAAAUUGACUAAAUAAAUUACAGUAGGCUAAUUUAUGUUUUUAAAUCAGUGCAUUUUGCAAGUUUGUAAGUUAGCUUUGUCUUAUUUCUGGUGAAGGAAGCUGUUCACUGUAAAAACUACAACAAAAUACUUGGUAAGAUUUUGUGUUAUUGCAUUGUUUGACCACCAGGGGGCAACCAGGAGCACUUGAAUCAGUGCUCCUGGAAUUUGGGAAAAUAAAACAUGAAAUUUGCAGACAUA